UGGAGUGUUUGGACUUAUAUAUAACACGGUAUUAUCAUUUUAUUUAUGCAUAAUUUAUAAAUGCAGUAACAUGUUUUUUCUGAAUAAGGAACAUUUUAUGUGAUGUCUACAUCUGCCUACAUCGACAUCGGUAUAUGACAUUCAAUUACCAAGAAGAUUUCAAGCAAAAUGAAGCCCAGUACAAUAUCUGAGAAGAAAACAAGUCCCGCGGAGUAUUCGCAAACCGAAGUCAGAGAGAAAACACCGCGUCGAAAACUAUACAUACUCACAGGUGUUAUUGCAUUCGUCCUCGUGGCCGGCACAGUUAUUCUUUCGGUGCAUUUUGGAAUGAAGAUAACCAAAGACAGCUACAAGGAAUAUCAAGCUACCUACGUAGAAGACAUUGGUACCGCAGUCCAUGAGAAAGUCGUCGUGACUGACAGUGAAGAAGUCUUCAGCAGUAAUGUAGGCACUUGUGUUGCAGACUUCUCCACGGGCCUGAUAACAGUCAAAAUAAAAGAGUCAGAAUUUCCUGUUGACGAAUGCUAUGUGACAAACAUGAAUUUCAGCGAUUUCCAAUCACCUAUGAAAUUCAAGAGAACACAUACAGCCAGUCAGAUCACUUUUGAGACGAAAAACAUGGUUAGGAGAGUAUAUGAAGCCACUGAUAUCAGGCUAAACAACAAAGCUCUUGGAACAAGAUCUGCUGAACUCUGCAAAGGCAAAUCUGCGAUUUUUCUGCGUGAGAAAAAAGAUGAUCCUGCUACGAGGGAAAAGAGAGGAAGUUGGAGUAUGCCCUACUUGUUUGCGGGAAAUUCAAUGUUUAGAUUUAAAUAAUUUGACAAUGUUUAACUUUUUAAGAAAGAUAAUACAAACAAAUUAAAAUGAGAUAAUGCGGUUCCUGACCUUUUGUAGUUUUAACGACUCAUUGCCUUUUAUCGAUUCCAUUUUUCAUCAAUAUUUGCUAAGUAUACAUAGUAAACAUUUAUCGAUUGAAUAAAUGAAUAAGUGGACUGUACUAAACAAAUCUGUCAAAAUUAAAAAUAUCAGCAGAAUCUCUGGAAGCACUUAGUAUAUAACAUGCAACAGGGUCGUUGUCAUAAAAUGGCAACAAAAUUGAAUCAAAGUAUUUACCUCUUUGUCACAAAAAAGCACGUGUAAAUCGUGCAACUUCCGGUAUGAUACUUGAAUAGCCGAAACUUCAUUUGUAGACUGGCAUUUUUUAAUUAAGAAAUAAUAAAUAUGUCCCUAUAUGUUAUCAGUUAUUAUCGCAUAGUGAGGAAAAUUUCCUUUGAUCUUUGAAGCAUGUUAUACAUAGUAACACACAUUAUUACUACAAAACUGUGCUGAUAUCUUACAAAACUGUUGCGAUAUAUAUCAACACGGAAAUCUCUAUGGAGUUUCAUAAGAAAAAAAGUGUUCCGAUAUAUAUCAGCAUAGUAAAACUGUUCCGAUAUAUAUCGGAACACUUUUUCUCUAUUGAGGUCUUAUCAAGGGAGUAUAAUUUUUUCCUUUCAAAGAAAAGAUGAUUUUAGCUCCAAUUUACAGUUCACAGAGAAAGAAUUGUCACAAACACCUACAUUUAUAAAGUAAAAGAAUAAAUAAACUAGAAUAUUUCAAAAACUUGAUAGUUAUUGCCAAAUUCAGAAAUACAUGAAAUAUAUGAAAUUCUGAGAUUUCUCAAAUGUUUCUUUUUCUUUGAUUUUUUUUUACAAACAAAACAACAAGUUUUACAAUAUGUCUGGCCAAUGAAAUGCAAAGAUUUAAAACCAAUGCAGAAAUUUGUUGGGUACUUUUAUCUGGGGAACACAUUUUCUAAAACAGAAGUUUUAGUGUUUCAGUCAGCGAGGCGCAGAAAGGGAAUCAAAAUAGUAAAAAUAAUAAUAAACAAAUUUAAAUGAAAAUAAUAUAUAAAUUUUAAUGAUAAACUAUGCGAUAAAACAGUUAUAAUAUGUAAUGCUCGUGUGUUACCAGGAUAUACCAGAGCUAGGGGUACAUCUCGUUAUUUUUCUCUUCACAUAUCUGUCUCGGCCUACCGG